CUUAUUUUACGGAUCUUAUUUUACGGAUAUUUUACUGAGUUUUUACAUUUUCUUGGGAAAUUCUCACCUAAUUUAUAUCAUUGUUGCAUCUUUAAGACAAUUGUAUUAAAAUUCGGUAAUAAUCUUCGCUAUCCAAAUGAAAUUGUCGAUAUUCCAAUCGUAAAAUGUGAACAAAACAAAAUUCUACUAAAGGUAAAAACGACUAUUUCAAAUCCGUCGAAUAUCUACGUGGAUGAGUUUAUUAGUGAUCCAGAUUGUUCAUCCAGAAAUUUAAAUUAUAUCAAUAUACCACUUGAUAAAUGUGGAAUGACAAAGGAAAAAACGGUAAAUCCAACGUCUAUAAUCUAUCGGAUUUGUUUUUCCAUACAGUUACAUCCACUAUUUGCCACUGAAAAUGAUCGAUCAUAUUGUGCUCAAUGCAUUUAUUUGGAAUCGGAUAAAAUUGAAAAUUUGAAUCGAACAUUAGCAAUUAGUGAAGCAGUUGCCGCUGAUUUAGAGCCACAGUUUGAAACUCGCUUAUCACAGCCAAAAUGUGCCUAUAGUAUAAGAAGAGGAUCGAUUGAUGGGCCAGAAAUUCAUUAUGCCUUACUUGGUGAAACAGUCUUUCAUGUAUGGAAAUGUUCGGAUGUUAUAGAAGAAUCAAUUAUGCUUGUCCAGAAUUGUUAUGUGGAAGAUGGAGAACGAAAUCGCAUUCUCAUUAUCGACCAUAACGGUUGUGGUGUAGAUCACUAUGUUCUACCAACUCCAGAAUAUACAGCUGAUCAUCGAAUGGCUAUACAAAAAACACAAGUUUUUAAAUUCGCUGAAAAAACCAUAACUCGAUUCACGUGUCAAAUUCGCCUCUGUUUAAAGGAUGCCAAUUUAAGAAUCUCUCCUUUUUUUGACUUUUUCAUUACUUAUCGUCAAACUCGAAUUUUUUUUAUGAAAAAAUUUUGA